AUCGGUCCCCGGCGCUCGUGGCCAGAGUUGGAACCCGUGACGAGUGACCCUGACCAAUGCGCCCCGCCCCGUGAAGCAAAAUACGGAGUGAUAAGUCAAUUCUCUGUAACAGAUUCACCUAAAGGUCCACUUAAUUUAGACCAAUUCUCUUCCGAACGUUCAUUUGAACAUUUUGAAGUCAGUUAUUUAAAGUUUGGAUUAAAGCGUUAUAAUAUUACGGUUGAAUUAACUGCUAGUAAAAAGCAG